GACCGGCAUAGGUAGUAACAACUAACGCUCAGUGUCGUAACGGUUACACAGUGGAUGGUGCGAUAAAGAAACUCAUGUGUCGUGAUAAGCGGUGAACGACAAUGAUGAUGAUGAACAUAAGUAUGUACGGUCAUCAUAACCAGCACAGUGCGUCUUACAAUUCGGGGGAUUCCAAUAACUAUUAUAACCAUUCGAGUGAGUUGAACCAUCCCGGAUCCCAUCACCAGUUCCAGAACUACUAUUCGUCCAACUAUCACUACGAGGAGCCCUACUUGUACGCUUCCUCGGCUACAGACUCUGUUGACACCCCUCCAUCUCCCCACGAAAUCAACUACUACCAUCCGCCGCACAUUUCGGAAAACCCUAUAAUAAAUACCGAUACCGGGUUGUGCUACACUAAUCUGGACUAUGCCCAAUCCAACAGCUCCUUCUACCAUCACCAGGGCUAUAGCGAAAGCUACAGGGGAUCUCACCAAGAGGACUUGCUGCAGCAUAACGAAGAUGGCGCUGAGCUGCAUCACAGCUAUCUGCAUGAGAACAAGUACCAGGUAGAGAUGGGAGAAGGGAACUACUUGAUAUCUCCAACAGCAGGUGCAUCAAACGCUUGUAUGGAGUUUCAGCACCUUCAUAAGUAUAAGGAGGAGCUGGGGCCUGGGGAAGAACAUUCUAGACUUCGGCAGCACCAUGGAAUGCAUGGUUUGUCUCCCGUUUCAAUUCCCCAGCCUGUUUUGCCGACUUACAAGUGGAUGCAAGUAAAGAGAAAUGUUCCUAAACCCUCCGCUUCCAAACUUUCAUCGCCCACUAUGACGGAGUACCCAGCCAGCUCCCCUUCGGCCCUCAACAUAGAAACCCAAAACCCGGCUUCAAGGAAUUCCUGCCUGGGCUCAAACACAUCCAAUCUUCUGGGCCUCAAUUGCCUGAACACCGGAAGAACGAAUUUCACCAACAAACAACUCACAGAGCUGGAAAAGGAAUUCCACUUCAAUAAAUACCUAACUAGGGCGAGGAGAAUAGAGAUCGCUUCAGCGCUACAGCUCAACGAAACGCAAGUGAAAAUCUGGUUCCAGAACAGGAGAAUGAAGCAGAAGAAGAGGAUGAAGGAGGGACUGAUACCUCCCGAACCUGCUUUGAAUUCUGGAAGCAAUAGCAACUCUCCCUCGUCGACGAAUGUUCUCCAAAAUGAGUCUGUUACAGGGAGCAAUGAGAACAGCCGUGAAUCGAAUUGAGCUUUUAGGUUAGGUUACAUGUUAAAUGAUUGCAUUUUGGAAAAUUGAAUGUAUUUCGAAUUCACCCAAAGUUGUCUGGUAUAACCUGGUUUUGAGAGAAGCGUAUGUUCUGUUUUGAAAGUAGCCAAAAAACAUUCUUUACAUGAUAUGCAAAAAUUUAGUUCAAUCAGCUCUGAUCUUUUCACCCUAACACCCUUUCGAAAACCAGUCAUAACCUCAAACCUUUUUGUAUUAACAAAAAAACAAUUUUUAGCUGAUGGUUUACAAUAAGUCUUGAUGAUUGUGAGCCAAAACUUCAAAGGUACCGUAAAAAUUUAAUACAAGUGCGUAUCUCCAUUUUAAUAAUCAUGGUGGCUGGUUCAUGAUUAAAUAAAAUUGGUGUUUAAUGAAAGCAAAGAAUAAUAAUGAGUGUAAAGAAGUUGCACUCAAAAAACAGUGUAAGAACUUUCAGUGGAUUUUGUUUCCAUCGUAGAUGACCAGAGUCCAGAGUUUUAUUCGCGUUCUCAGAAAUGAUUCCAUGGGGAGGUUGGAGUUGAUUUGAGUUUCACAUCUACUACGAAUAUAUUUACUAUUCUCGAAAUUUUUGGUGGCUACUCUACCAUCCUGAUGUGGUCACUCAUGAUCUUUUUUAAACUUGGGGAUGAUCGGAUGAUCUUUAGUACUGAAAGGAAAUUUGAAUAUUAGGCUUGAGAAAACCAGUCAAAUUUUCUAUCAGCAAGUUUUUUCAAUUCCUCAACUUUCUUUUCGAAACUACUUGCCUGGGUGACUGUUUUGACUGGGAUUUCUUUCUCCAGGGAUCGCUGUUUUAAUGCCACUGCCAAUUUAUUUAUUCCUGUGAAUAUUGAACUGGAAUAGCUUCACUACAAUGCCAAUGAUGAGAGAGUCUAGUAAUAUUUUUACCACGAGGUAUGAGGAAUUGUUUUUCGUUUCGUAUAAAAUGAUUUGAAAUCCCUGAAACAACUAAAAAAGAAAAAUAAAACGAUUGAACAAAAAAUAAAGAAAU